UCACAUUCUACACAUUUAACAGUCAGGUGUCCAGGUUCAUUUUACUUGGAGAGGUCUCACUCGGUUUGGGUAAAAACUCGAGUCCAAAUCCAACUUGAAUUGGAUUUUUCAGUUGGACCUAAAGUUGUAAAUAAAUUUGUGGUAAAAAGGUAUAUUGUGAUUGGGCCCAAGGCCCAAACCCAAUCGCCCAAGUCCAGCCCAAAGUCCAAUUGCCAAGAACCAAGAACCGGGCCCAGGCCCGGGCCAAGGCCCGUGCCCGAGCCGACUGGCCGACGGGUGUGCGCGCGUGUGGCCGAAAACAACACCAACACUUG